UCCGAAAUGUAAACCUUUAUCAGUGAAUUUCAUAUCCCUGUUUGCACACACAAGGACAUCAGGAGGCAGCAAGGCUGUGUUUACUGCAGAAGCUAAACUUUUCACACCAGAAGUCAUCAUGCUUUACACAGAUUUACUGCAGCUUUGGAAUGAGUCAGUGCAGGCAAUGGAUAGCAAGGACUGGCAAGGAGCUCUGGCAAAGAUGGACCAGAUUACGGAACCUACGUCUUGGACACUCUUCAAUGCUGCCUCAGCACACAUCUGUCUGGGACAUCUGGAUUCUGCCCUCAAGGCAUUAGACCUCACAAUUGUCAAGGAUCAACGGCUUUCUGUUGCAUUCUUCCAGAGAGCAGCCAUCAAGAUUCUGCUUGGCAGGUUGGAAGAGGCUCUGUCUGACUGUGUCUGGGCACAGAAACACUUAAGAGGAAACAAUGUCAUUGACUACAGACAACUUGGACUGCGCUAUAAGCUGAACAGCUGGCAGGUGUCACAUAACGCAGCUGCUGUGUACUGUCGAAUGGAUCAGUGGGAGCAAGCAAGAGAUGUUCUCAUGUCGAACAAUCAAGGCGGGAAUCUAGAAAUGGCAUUGGACAUGAUUUUGAGAAAUGAAGUCCUAGCACCUCUCCUGGUACCUGAGGGUGUCGUGUUUCGGCCCAGGAAAAAAGAUGUGGAACAGCUCAAGCCGAGGGACUUUUUAGGGAAACCCAAGGUGAUUUCAUCUAUGAUACCCAAUGACGAUUUUGGGGGAUUUGAACCUCUCAGAUUGCAGAAACCUGGUUUUUAUCAGCCCAGUGUGGAUGGGGCUCAGCAUUCUCGCUACAUGUGUAUGGGCGUCCCUUACAUGGCUCGAGGUCCGGGUCAGUUGACCGUGCCAGGAGGUGCCAAGGUCUUUAUAUUCGGAGAAGAGGACAGGGAUGGAAUGGCAACUGUCAUAUAUGAUGGACAGAGAGGACUUGUGCCAGCGUCUCUGCUCAAGCCAGCAGAUAUAAAGACAGCCGAAGGCAAAACUGUUAAUACACUUCCGACUGGGAUCCCCCUCCCUCCAGGUCUAAAGCCACCCACUCGUCCACAAACCAGAUCCAGUUCUGCAACUCCUACUUGGGAACACCUGAUCUCUGACACACCACCACCACCCUAUGCAACCGCCACCCGUAUUCAACCGUCAGCCUCAACACUUCCCGGGUACACAGCCAAUGCAGCCAGCAAGCAGAUUGUCAACGUGGUCCAGGAAUCUGAAGCAGACUCUGUUGUGAUGGUGAAAGUUAAUUACAUAUACACUGUGGCACUGUCAGUGGCAACGAAUACAACAUACCAUGAACUGAAGGAAGAUAUUGCGCAUAAAUUGGAUCAGCCAUCCUCUUCUUUACGUCUCAGAUACAGGAAGCAUGGCUCCCGUUUGCUGGUACCUCUCGAUUGGGAGGUAGAGACAGGCAAAACCCUACACGACGUGUCAGAGGCUGGCAGAGCAACUCUGUGGUGCCAGGUCGAAGAUCCCCUGCACAACCAUAAUAUCCUUUACCAAAUGGUGGCAAAACAUGAUUAUUCUGCUCAGGGACCAGAGGAUUUAGAAUUUAGUGAAGGGGAUACCAUUGACAUUCUGUGUGAAGUUAACGAAGAGUGGCUCGAGGGACACUGUGCAGGAAAAGUAGGCAUCUUCCCCAGUUGCUUUGCCAUGAGAGAGAAUGACACCUUGAUGCAGAUGUCGGAGUUCUAGUGAGAUCAGCUAGAUUUAUUGUAGAGGUUUUCCAUGGCAACCAAGUUAAAAAUAGUAGUGACUACUGUAGACAUUACAGAAGCCAUCAUUGAUUUGUUUUGGUUGAAGCAAUGUAUUAUUUUCUAAUGCUAACUAUAGAUUUGGCUAGCAUACACAUACACUUCAUGAAAUGAGUGUAUAUAUUUUUUUUCCCAUCGUAUUUCUGCAUGCUAACUAAUAUAAUAUAUAAUUAUUUAAGUAUAUCAUAGAAAUCUGAACAUUUACAGCUGUCUUGUGAAUUUCUAUUAUACAAAGUGCCAACCACUGAGGAGGACAGCAGUUUUUUCCUUUAGUACACACAUUAAAAUGUUAUGAGCCACAUGUAAGAGCUCCAGAACGCUCUUUUGUCUUUUGGACCAGUUGGCAUCUACAAAACCCAAAACCAGUGCAGUUGGCACGUUGUGUAAAUCGUAAAUAAAAACAGAAUACAAUGAUUUGCAAAUCCUUUUUAACAUAUAUUCAAUUGAAUACACUGCAAAGACAAGAUACUUAACGUUCGAACUGGUAAACUUUAUUUUUGCAAAUAUUAGCUCAAGUGGAAUUUGAUGCCUGCAACAUGUUUAAAAAAAGCUGGCACAAUUGCCAAAAAAACUGAAAAAGUUGAGUAAUGCUCAUCAAACACUUAUUUGGAACACCCCACAGGUGAACAGGCUAAUUGGGAACAGGUAGGUGCCUUGAUUGGGUAUAAAAGCAGCUUCCAUGAAAUUCUCUGUCAUUCACAAACAAAGAUGAGGCAAGGGUCACCACUUUGUGAACAAGUGCGUGAGCAAAUUGUCGAACAGUUUAAGAACAACAUUUCUCAACGAGCUAUAGCAAGGAAUUUAGGGAUUUCGCCAUCUACGGUCCGUAAUAUCAUCAAAAGGUUGAGAGAAUAUGGAGAAAUCACUGCACGUAAGCGGCAAAGCCGAAAACCAACAUUGAAUGCCCGUGACCUUCGAUCCCUCAGGCGGUACUGCAUCAAAAACCGACAUCAGUGUGUAAAGGAUAUCCCCACAUGGGCUCAGGAACACUUGAGAAAACCAUUGUCGCUACAUCUGUAAGUGCAAGUUAAAACUGUACUAUGCAAAGCGAAAGCCAUUUAUCAACAACACCCAGAAACGUUGUCGGCUUCGCUGGGCCCGAGCUCAUCUAAGAUGGACUAAUUCUGUGGUCUGACGAGUCCACAUUUCAAAUUGUUUUUGGAAACUGUGGCCGUCGUGUCCUCCGGACCAAAGAGGAAAAGAACCAUUCGGAUUGUUAUAGUCCGGAUGGAGUUGUGUACCUUUCAGUUACAGCUGAAAGGUACAUAAAGGUUUUGAAGCAACAUAUGUUGCCUUCCAAGCAACAUCUUUUUCAUGGACGCCACUGCUUAUUUCAGCAAGACAAUGCCAAGCCACAUUCUGCACGUGUUACAACAGCGUGGCUUCGUAGUAAACGAGUGGGGUACUAGACUGGCCUGCCUGUAGUCUAGACCUGUCUCCCAUUGAAAAUGUGUGGCGCUUUAUGAAGUGUAAAAUACGAUGGAGUGUUUGAACAACUUAAGCUGUACAUCAAGCAAGAAUAGGAAAUAAUUCCACCUGAAAAGCUUAAAAAAUUGGUCUACUCAGUUCCCAAACAUUUACUGAGUGUUGUUAAAAGGAAAGACCAUGUAACACAGUGGUAAAAAUGCCCCUUUGCCAACUUUUUGCAAUGUUUUGCUGCCAUUAAAUUCUAAGUUGAUGAUUAUUUCCAAAAAAAAAAAAAAAAGUUUCUCAGUUUGAACGUUACAUAUCUUGUCUAAGCAGUAUAUUCAAUCGAAUAUAAGUUGAAAAGGAUUUGCAAAUCAUUGUAUUCUGUUUUUAUUUACAAUUUACACUACAUGCCAACUUCACAUGUUUUGGGUUUUGUAUCAGUAACUGUUAAUGAUGCUAUGCAUGUUGCAUAGCAUCCAUCUUCUUAGAUGAGAAACCUACAUAGCUCAAUGAGAUAAAAUGACCAAAGGUGCCCACUUAUGUUUCAGAAGACUACACAUAGCUUGGCCAACAAUCAAAUUGGAACUUGUGCAUGUAAAAUGUGAUUCACAGAGAAGUGCAAAAAGUGUGACAAUCAACUAUGACAGUAAUUUGAUUAAUUAAUAUGUAAUUGUAAUGAGUGAGUUGAUCUGUAUUGAUUUCAUCAUUCUUAAUGAUUCUUAUUUUUCAAAUAGAAUAAAGUGUAGUUUUGCUAAUAAUCAUCUAUGCAGUAGACACACAUGCAUAUCAUUUAAUGUUUGUCACAAUGCUGGUCUGAAAAUGUUCCCAAAAAUCGUUUUUUGGUAUUUUAGUCAUGUGUCAAUGAACCAGAUCAGUGAAAUGCAACAUUUUUGAUUCAAUAAAGGGUUUGUAUGUUA